AUGAUCACAAUUGGCAACGUUACCACAAUGCUAUCUGAUUGCAAGAAUUUGUUUGUUUCCGGGGAAAAAGAUGGAUGGAAGAAUACAUUUGGCUUUGCGUGCCUAUGCUUGUUGCUGGGACUGACAAUUACUGCUUGCUUGCUUCUUGUGGUUCUCUUGUCUAAGAUAGGCAUUGGGAUGGUUAGUUUGAAUAUUGCGAUCAUAUUUGGCAUUACCAUCUCCAGCCUUGCUUUUUUUUUUAAAUCGGUGCGUUGUAUGAGUCUCCUGUUCCUCCUGUCUUGUGGGAUGAGAGAGGGCCGGAACGCACUGAUUGCCACAGGGACCGGUAUUGUCGUGUUUAAUAAUGUGAAAAAUGUAUUAGGAAAUGUUAAAAUCCUGGCCGACAGCAUCAUCUGCAACCUGGAUGCUAAGCGCAUUUCGCUAAAAGUGAUGCCUUUUGAUUUCUAUAUAAAAGCUCUCCAUUCAAUCUACCAAAGAGCAAAAAAUACAUUUUUUAACCUAAUUCCAGACAUCGUAUCAGUGUCUGACAAUUUUCGGUGCAACGUACGUUUGUCGGAUGCCAAACUUAAAGCAUUGCUUAAUGAAACCAAACAACGAAUUGAAGCUGUAUCAUCAGAUAUAUCUUUACUACUAGAUAUUAUUACUGUUGUCAGUCGUAUUGUUUGUCUCCUAAUUGGAAUUUUCAUCAUUUUAUUUGGAACCUGGAUGUUUUUUAAGAAAUUCGUGGGUCAAAACAAUGCAAAAUUUGCGAAUUCAUAUAUUACAAAAACAUUUAUGGAAUAUGAUGCUGUUAGAAAACAGCAAAAUGCGUUGGGGGUCCUCCCACUGAAUAAAAAAGAACAAAAUAUGUACAUCAGAAUUCCAAGCCUGAAAACCUCACGGAAUCAGAAGAUAGAGAUGACCUUUUUUUUUAUCCCAGUGUUUACAAAUGUUUUUAUUUGGAGUUUAAUUUCAUUUUUAGAUUUUAUGCUUUACUGGCUGAUUCAUACAAUGAGCGUCAACCUGAAAAGUUUGCAUCCAGUCUUAGUUCCAAUAAGUGUGUCUUUGACUCACACGAAGGUGGACCUAAUUAACUUGGGCGAAUCAGGAAAGACUGUAUCUAGUUUCCAUGACAACCUGAAGAUUAAUCUCUUUGAACCCCAAUGCACCCCUAAACCGGAGCUCUCGCUGACAUCCACAUGGAUCCCCUUGGCCAUACUAAUCAGUGUACUGCUUUUUCUUGGAUUCAUCUCGGCCUUCCUGAUACACGUGAAAUUGCUGGUGAUAGGGGCCUUCUAUCCCAAUAAAGAGCUGCAGCGAGUCUCGCACCUUCAUAAGAAAAUACUGGAGGAGAGGGCGCGGCUGACGACAACCUCUAAAAGCCAAACAGUGAAAAGAAUGAUUUCACGGGUAGAUUUCUGGUUUCCAAUUAUCACAAGGAAGCAUUAUGCUACGAGUCAAUGA